UACUUCACUUGAACCAAACAUCGGGAUCUCCGAUUCAAAAAAUGUUCUCAUCUCCGUCGAAGAAGGAAAACCAGACUUACCGCUUUGUUUUUCCCUUUUCAAUUCUUACUUUCCGGCGAACCAAACAACCAGGUCCUGUUCUGUUCCGUCGUCAUCUUUCUGUGAAUUGAAAGAACAUGAUUGAUCGAGAUCAAUAACAGAGCCUCUCGUUUCUAUUCCAAAUGGACAAAGAGGUGGUACUCCUCUCUCGCCUUGCCGCAAACCACCUAUACUUGGCUCAAUUCGAGCCAUUAAGAGCCACUUUGCUUUCUCUCCGGAAGCGAAGUCCGGACCUUGCGCUUGCUAUUCUACAGACAAUCGUAGCCAGCUCGGGUCGAUUUGAGAACAUCCUCUGGUCAUCAUCAUGCCCAUCGCCGUCUCUCCUCACAUUCUUAUCCACACUCGAGCUCAUACAAUUCAACAACUCUACUUCACCAUGGGGAUACGAUUCCGACACACUGCGCCUACGCGCAGAGUUUCUAUUGUUGGUGCAGCUUUUGAGCGACCGGGUUUCCGGGAUUAUGAGGAAGGGCGUGGAUUUGGAGAGAGUCGAGAGGGAGAAGGAAGGAGAGCUCAUGAGCCAGAGCGGAGGGUUCGAGGAGGAGAAGAACGCAGAGUUGUUGGAGAGGAGGGAAGAGUUGAGGGAUUGGGAGGGGGGCAGUGACCUGGGGGAUUGUUUGAGGAUUUUGGACAGGUUUUUGGAGCUGGGUAUGAGGAGAUUGAAGCCCGAUAUUGACGCUAGUGAUGUUGGCGAUGGGGGUCAGAGGAGGGAGCUUUCAGGGAUUGCUUUGAUUCAGGAAGAGGAAAUGGUGUGUUUGAGAAGAGUGGUUUUAGAGUGUACGGAUCUCUUUGAUGCGUUAUCUUGGAAUAUACAGAGGCAAAUGAGAGGGUGGGAUGGUUGCCAUUCGGGUUUGGCUAUAGCUGUGAGAAGAGACGAGAAUCUUGGUGUGGAUUAUUCAGAGGAGGAGGAUAAGAGGCUCCUUGGCUCGCUGCAGAGGAGUAUUCAGUCAGCCCAUUUGGAUGCUAUGAAAGUCUCUCUCAAGGUGGGAGAUGAACAAGGAGCUAUAGCUCGUAUUCGUUUUCUUCAUCUUGAUUAUGGACUGGAGGAGGCUGAGUAUCGGGUAGUUUUGCACGAUCUCCUUAACGGGAUUAUGUCAAAACGGGAGGGAUAUGGAGCAUCUUGGCAUUUGAUGCAACAAAAGUUGCUGUCAAUUUAUGGGGAGGCUCUUUCAUCAAAUUGCAGAAGUCUUGUUCAGAUGAUCCAGGUUUUACAAGACGAAUUGCUCCUGCAAGGGAUUCAGAUGUCUGUAUCGCUUGACAAUAACAGAAUUCCACCCCCAAUAGAGAGCUUUCAGAGAUACCUGGUAGAACGUAAAACUGAUCCAGAUUUUGAGGACACAACUUCACCUUUAAAUGUGGCUGUUACUUCUUGUAUAAGAGACAUGUACCAUUUCGCUCGUGUUUCCGGAUCACAUAUGCUUGAAUGUGUCAUGGAUGCUGCUCUCUCUGCCGUGAAGAAGGAGCACCUUCAAGAAGCUAGCAAUGUUCUUCUGCUAUUUCCUCGACUUUGUCCCCUAGUAGCUUGCAUGGGUUGGGAUCUGUUAUCUGGUAAAACAGCAGCACGGAGAAAAUUGAUGCAACUGCUGUGGACAAGUAAAUCACAAGUAUUUCGGCUGGAAGAAUCUUCUCUUUAUGGAAGCCGGUCUGAUGAGAUAUCUGUUGUGGAACAUCUUUGUGAUUUAUUAUGUUACCAGCUUGAUCUUGCCUUGUUUGUUGCUUGUGCCAAUUCUGGUCGAUCAUGGACUUCAAAAUUCUCUUUGCUUAUGUCUGGGAAUGAGCAAAUAGCAUUUGGAAAUGAAGAUGUACAAACAGACCCUUUUGUUGAGAACUUUGUGUUGGAAAGGCUUUCUGUUCAAAGUCCCCUUCGGGUAUUAUUUGAUGUUGUUCCAGGUAUAAAAUAUCAAGAUGCUAUUGAAUUGAUAAGCAUGCAGCCUAUAUCUUCAAAUAUAGCAGCAUGGAGGAGGAUGCAAGAUAUUGAACUUAUGCACAUGCGAUAUGCUCUGGAGUCCGCUGUCCUUGGGCUGGGAGCAAUUGAAGUGAGUCUAACAGAUGAAAAGGAUGGUCAGGGCCUAAUGGCAUUCUGCCAUUUGAAAGACCUCAGGAUCCAUUUGGAUGCCAUUGCAAAUAUUCCUCGCAAGAUCUUUAUGGUGAAUGUUAUAAUUGCACUUCUACAUAUAGAUGGCAUCUCUCUCAAUUUGAUGAAUUGUGCCCCUCAAGGGAGCUUUUCUGAUUCACAUUCUGCACGUGCUUGGGAGAACACUGAUUUGAUGGCAUGUGAAGGGAGAAACAAUAUGGUUAUAUCUUUCACGGGCUUGCUACUUGAUAUCUUACGCCACAAUCUUCCAUUAACAGUAACUGGACAGGAGCAUGCUUUAAAUGAAGGUGCAAAUAUGGAUGGAAGACAGGCCUUGGAGUGGAGGAUUGCCAUGGCUAAACGUUUUAUUGAGGAUUGGGAAUGGCGUUUAUCAGUUCUACAGCAUCUUCUACCAUUAUCUGAACGACAGUGGAGUUGGAAGGAGGCAUUGACUGUGUUACGGGCAGCCCCUUCCAAGCUGCUUAAUCUUUGCAUGCAAAGGGCAAAGUAUGAUAUUGGAGAAGAAGCAGUUCAUCGAUUUUCAUUAUCUGCUGAGGACAGAGCUACCCUUGAAUUAGCUGAAUGGGUGGAUACUGCCUUUAGAAAAGCAUCAGUGGAAGAUGUCGUUUCUCGUGCUGCUGAUGGGACUUCUGCAGUACAAGAUGUGGAUUUUUCCUCUUUGCGUUCCCAGUUAGGUCCUUUGUCUGCGAUUCUUCUCUGCAUUGACGUUGCUGCCACUUCUGCAAAAUCAGCUAAAAUGUCCGAACAACUUUUGGAUCAGGCUCAAGUUAUGUUAUCUGAAAUAUAUCCAGGAGGUUCUCCAAAGGCAGGUUCUACUUACUGGGAUCAGAUUCAUGAAGUCGGAAUUAUUUCUGUUUCACGUCGAAUCCUUAAGUGCUUGCAUGAGUUGCUAGAACAGGAUAACCCUCCUGCUCUUCAGGCCAUUUUGUCUGGUGAAAUCAUUGUUCCAUCUGCUAAGGAGUCUCAACGGCAGGGACAAAGGGAGCGUGCUCUUGCAAUGCUUCAUCAGAUGAUUGAAGAUGCUCAUAUGGGCAAGAGACAGUUCCUAAGUGGGAAGCUUCAUAAUCUAGCAAGAGCUAUUGCUGAUGAAGAAACAGAGAUAAAUUUUAUUAAAGGGGAAGGCUCCUACACGGAUCAAAAAGUUGUAUCAAAUAUUGACAAAGAUGGCAUUCUUGGGCUUGGGCUAAAGGCUAUCAAACAGACAGCAUUAACUUCAGUUGCUGGAGAUACAAGCAUGCAGUCUGUUGUUUAUGAUAUGAGAGAUACUGGGAAGAGAUUGUUUAGUCCAUUAAGCACAAAACCAACAACAUACCUAUCACAGUUUAUUCUCCACAUAGCUGCAAUUGGUGACAUUGUAGAUGGAACAGAUACAACCCAUGAUUUCAACUUUUUCUCACUUGUAUAUGAGUGGCCCAAAGAUCUUUUAACUCGUUUGGUCUUUGAUCGAGGCAGCACCGAUGCAGCUGGGAAGAUAGCUGAAAUUAUGUCUGCUGAUUUUGUCCAUGAAGUGAUAUCAGCCUGUGUACCACCGGUUUAUCCUCCACGGUCUGGUAAUGGAUGGGCCUGCAUUCCAGUCACUCCUACCUGUUCUCGUAGUUGCUCAGAAAAUAAAGUGCUCUCCCCUUCAAAAGAAGCUAAGCCUAAUUGUUACACCCGCUCCUCAGCAACUCCUGGGGUGCCUUUGUACCCACUACAGCUGGAUAUAGUUAAGCAUUUGGUUAAAAUAUCACCAGUAAGAGCUGUCUUAGCUUGUGUUUUUGGGAGCACUAUAUUAUACAGUGGUAGUGACUCUACUAUAUCCAGCUCAUUGAACGAUGAAUUAUUUCAUGCACCUGAUGCUGACAGGUUGUUUUAUGAGUUUGCGCUUGAUCAAUCUGAGAGGUUCCCAACUUUGAAUCGAUGGAUACAAAUGCAAACAAAUCUUCACAGAGUUUCUGAGUUUGCUGUUACAGCUAAACAAAAAGAGGAUGAAGGAAUGGUUGAGCCUGAACCAAGAGCUGCAAUUAAGAGAUUUCGUGAGCAUGACAGUGACUCUGAGUCAGAAGAAGAUAAAAUUGUUGACAGCAGUAACAUUCCAAUAACCUUGACAGACGGUCAAGAUAGUGCAUUUCCUGACCCUUGGCAUGGUUCUGCAACUGAUAUUGCUGAAAGUGACUCUCGGGUAUUCCUUUCUUUUGAUUGGGAAAAUGAAGACCCUUGUGAGAAAGCUGUGGAGAGAUUGAUUGGUGAAGGGAAACUAAUGGAUGCCCUUGCACUUUCUGAUCGGUUUCUACGGAAUGGAGCCUCAGAUCGAUUACUUCAGAUUCUCAUUGAGCGUGGAGAAGAAAUCCAUUCAGUUUCUGGGCCAUCUCAAGGUUAUAGUGGCCACAACAUCUGGAGCAAUAGUUGGCAGUAUUGCCUGCGCUUGAAGGAUAAGCAGUUAGCAGCUAGACUUGCUCUCAAGUAUAUGCAUAGGUGGGAACUUGAUGCUGCUUUAGAUGUACUCACUAUGUGUAGCUGCCACCUGGCUCAAAGUGAUUCAAUUAGGAAUGAGGUUUUGCAAAGGAGGCAGGCUUUGCAGAGAUACAGCCAUAUAUUAAGUGCGGACGAUCACCAUAGCAGCUGGCAAGAGGUUGAAGCUGAGUCUAAGGAAGAUCCUGAAGGCUUGGCUCUUAGAUUGGCUGGGAAAGGAGCUGUUUCUGCUGCUUUGGAAGUGGCUGAAAGUGCAGGAUUAUCAAUAGAUUUGAGGAGAGAACUGAAAGGCCGGCAGCUUGUCAAGCUUCUUACUGCAGACCCUCUUAACGGUGGGGGUCCUGCAGAAGCUUCCCGCUUCUUGUCCUCGUUAUGUGAUUCAGAUGAUGCUUUACUAGUUGCUAUGGGUGCAAUGCAGCUAUUAUCAAACCUACGGUCGAAGCAACUUCUUGUACACUUCUUCCUAAAGAGGAGGGAUGGAAAUCUCUCAGAUAUGGAGGUUUCUCGACUUAACUCUUGGGCCUUAGGUCUUCGUGUCCUAGCUGCCUUACCAUUGCCAUGGCAGCAAAGGUGUUCUGCCCUGCAUGAGCACCCUCAUUUGAUAUUGGAGGUCCUGUUAAUGAGGAAGCAACUGCAAUCUGCUUCACUGAUCCUUAAAGAAUUUCCGUCAUUGAGGGACAACAAUGUAAUUAUAGCAUAUGCUGCUAAAGCUAUUGCUGUCAGUAUUAGCUCGCCAUCCAGAGAACCUCGAAUAUCUGUUUCAGGAACAAGAGUUAAGCAGAAAACAAGACAGGGAGCCCCUGCAAGAUCAUCUUUCUCUAGCAGUUUAAGUAACUUGCAAAAAGAGGCUCGUAGAGCGUUUUCUUGGGCUCCGCGUAAUACUGGGGAGAGGACUGCCCCAAAAGAUGUUUACCGGAAAAGAAAAAGUUCUGGAUUGACAGAAUCUGAAAGAGUAGCUUGGGAGGCAAUGACUGGAAUUCAAGAGGAUCAUGUUUCAUCAUACUCUGCUGAUGGGCAAGAGCGACUUCCUUCUGUUUCUAUUGCUGAGGAAUGGAUGCUAACUGGUGAUGUUGGAAAGGAUGAAGCUGUCCGCGCAUCUCAUAAAUAUGAAAGUGCUCCUGACAUUAUUCUCUUUAAGGCUCUGCUUUCGUUGUGCAGUGAUGAGUUAACGUCUGCCAAAGGCGCUCUUGACUUGAGUAUUAGUCACAUCAAGAAUGUGUUGAGCUCACAGCAAUUACCUGAGAGUGCAUCUAUGGAGACAAUUGGUCGAGCAUAUCAUGCUACAGAGACAUUUGUACAGGGAUUGUUAUAUGCUAAAUCAUUGCUGAGAAAGCUGGUUGGUGGUAGUGAUUUGGGUAGUAACUCCGAAAGAAGCAGGGAUGCUGAUGAUGCAUCCUCUGAUGCUGGUAGUUCUAGUGUGGGUAGUCAGUCCACAGAUGAGUUAUCAGAAGUGUUAUCACAGGCAGAUGUUUGGCUUAGACGUGCUGAGCUGCUUCAGAGCCUCUUGGGAUCAGGAAUUGCAGCUUCUCUCGAUGACAUUGCUGAUAAAGAGGCGUCUGCCCGUCUCCGUGACAGGUUGAUUGUUGAUGAACGAUAUAGUAUGGCAGUAUAUACUUGCAGGAAGUGUAAGAUUGAUGUUUUUCCUGUUUGGAAUGCAUGGGGUCAUGCUUUAAUUCGGAUGGAGCACUAUGCUCAAGCUCGUGUCAAGUUCAAGCAAGCUCUUCCGUUAUAUAAAGGUGAUAAUACUACUAUUAUUCAAGAGAUCAUAAACACAAUCGAAGGAGGUCCACCCGUAGAUGUCUCAUCUGUUCGUUCCAUGUAUGAACAUUUAGCCAGGAGUGCUCCAACAAUCUUGGAUGAUUCUUUAUCUGCUGAUUCAUAUCUAAAUGUUCUCUAUAUGCCAUCCACAUUUCCACGAUCAGAGAGAUCCGGGUACUCUCUGGAAUCUGCAAAUAAUAAUUCUACAUAUGGUUCAGACUUUCAAGAUGGACCUCGCAGCAACUUGGACAGCAUUCGCUACUCUGAAUGUGUAAACUAUUUGCAAGAAUAUGCCCGACAGCAUUUGCUUGGUUUUAUGUUUAAGCAUGGUCACUAUAAUGAUGCGUGCAUGUUGUUCUUUCCUCCUAAUGGCAUCCCCCCACCUCCUCAACCUUCAACAAUGGGGGCAGUUACCUCAUCUUCAUCCCCUCAAAGACCUGAUCCUUUGGCAACUGACUAUGGGACAAUAGAUGAUUUAUGCGACUUGUGUAUUGGUUAUGGUGCAAUGUCUAUUCUACAGGAAGUAAUCUCAGCAAGAAUUUUAUCUGCAAAGCAGCAGGAUCCAGCAGUAAAUCAGAAUACAGCAAUAGCCCUUGUCCGUAUUUGCAUGUACUGUGAAACACACAGGCACUUCAAUUAUCUAUACAAGUUUCAGGUCAUCAAGAAGGACCAUGUUGCUGCUGGACUUUGCUGUAUUCAGCUAUUUGUAAAUUCUUUUUCACAAGAGGAAGCUGGCAGACAUUUGGAAAAUGCCAAGAUGCAUUUUGAUGAAGCAUUGUCAGCUCGAUACAAAGGUGGAGAUUCUACUAAGCUUGUAACCAAGGGCAUUAGAGGAAAAAGUGCAUCUGAGAAGCUCACUGAAGAAGAACUUGUCAAGUUUUCUGCCCGUGUAUCAAUACAGUUGGAAGUUGUGAAAUCCUUCAAUGAUUCAGAGGGACCCCAGUGGAAGCAUUCACUCUUCGGAAAUCCAAAUGAUCCAGAAACUUUAAGGAGGAGGUCUGAAAUUGCUGAGACUCUUGUUGAGAAGAAUUUUGACUUGGCUUUCCAAGUCAUCUAUGAAUUUAAUCUUCCAGCUGUUGACAUAUAUGCUGGUGUUGCUGCAUCACUUGCUGAAAGGAAGAAAGGUAGUCAGUUAACAGAGUUCUUCAGAAACAUAAAGGGAACUAUAGAUGAUGAUGAUUGGGACCAGCCUUUUGCAACUAGUCUUGUUGUAUACUUCUCGACUGUCUUAUCUGCGUUGAAAGUGCUGGCUUGUGUGGUCUGUGGUCGUCUAAAAAGUGCUUUUCAAAUCGCUUCUAGAAGUGGAAGUGUGGCUGACGUCCAAUAUGUAGCUCAUCAAGCUUUGCAUGCAAAUGCACUCCCUGUUCUUGAUAUGUGCAAACAGUGGCUGGCCCAAUACAUGUAACUUGUUGCUGGGGAAAAA